GAAAAUACAACCAACCCGAGUCAAAGAUUGAAACGACACAAACCAAUGAAAAUACACGUUAUAAACAAGGUUAGGUUUGACUGUCAAAAUGGAUUGCACAGAUCAAUAUGAAACUCUCAGUGAAUAAGAACUAAAUAUGUAUUGAAAAACUCUCAGUGAAUAAGAACUAAAUAUGUAUUGAAAUGUUGAGUUGAUCACAAUAUGGCAGAGACAGUGCAGAAUGGAUCUGCAGAAGCUGACACAUCCCAGGUUGGUCAAUUGCAGAAGGAAGAGAUGUCCACAAAUAAAGAAGAAGUUGAUCUUUCAGCUUCACAGAGAGCACGUAUAGAAAGAAAUAGACAGAGGGCGCUUCUGUUACGUCAAAGCAGAUUGCAGGCACAUCCAUAUGCCACUGAUGCUCUCGGAAAUCGUGUGAAGGGUCCAGCUCGUGAGGUAGAUACAGGAUCAGGAUUUUUUAUAGAAGAUGACGGCGAAGAGGAUAAAACUGCAGUAAAAGUAGUUCACCCAGAAGGUCCAGUGUUGGAAGUAGACAGUUUGUUUUGUGAGUCUUGCCAGAAGGAGUUCAUGGACUCAUACUUUUAUACAAAAUUUGAUGAGCCAAUAUGUGAUGCUUGCAGGUCCAUUCUGUUUGCUUUCAGUUUCUCUACUUGUAAUAGGGUUUGUAGGCGAACAGCAUGGAUCCUGAUCAGACUGCGCGGAUGCGCAGGCUGGUCUAGAUCCAUGCUGGUUCCAAACCCAUUAUGUUGGUUUUGUCAUGGGGCAGUCUGGUCUAGAUCCAUGCUGGUUCCAAACCCAUUAUGUUGGUUUUGUCAUGGCGCGGCUCAAAUGUUGUUUCAGGUAAAAAAAAGAAGUUUAGAGGUGUGGGAAAGUGAAGAGAAGAUAGAAGAAGCCAGGAAUAUGAGACAAGAAAACAAGGAAAAGGCCAAACAAAAAAAAUUUGACAAGAAAGUUAAAGAUCUGAGGUUAGCAGUACGUAGUAGUCUAUUGAAGAAGGAGAAAGGAUCGCACGAACAUGAAUUUGGUGAGGAAAUAUACGAUGAUGAUGAAGAUGUGUACUCUAAAACGUGUAAAACAUGUAAUUAUACAAUGACAUAUGAGAAAAUGUGACAAACGUGUUAACUCAUAUGCAUAAAGUGCUAUGUUCACAUGACUUUAAUUAAAAAUGUGUAUAUAAUACACUGGAGAUUGAAGAUACAACUCUGUGUUUACACAUA